AUGCGAGUAUGUUCAACGGGUAAUCCAUUCGUCAGAGGAAAUGUUCCCUACACUGAAGGCUCUGCCAAGUCCAACUUGAUUUUCAAUACUGGAGUUACUUUCGCCUUACAUUCCCCUGGAAGUAUGGCCAAACUCAAAGGAAGAAAAAAACCAUCAGCUGUGCUCGGUAACAAGUUUUUUGACUAUCGUGUGGCCUUACAAUCUGAGUUAUCGUACAAAGGAGACAAAUUCGAGCCAAGGAUUUUUGUCAUAUCUAAAUUUCGUAUUUUUCUGCUCAAUGGAAAGUCGCCUUCGUCUUUGAAAAUCGACAAAAGUUUUCAUAUCCUCAAUGUGAAAUCGUUAAGUGCCCUCAAAGAUGACGAGGUAAGCGCAUUAGUCGAAGAAGCCGGUCAUAAGAAGCGAUAUGUUAUUAAAAGUCCACAAGCAACGGCGUUAGCCCUGAUAAAGCAUAUCCUUGGCGCCUUCCUUCGUUAUUUUCCCGAUAUAGGUAAUGCACACUACUCUUCAACGUCAGUUUCAGGACCUCAGUUACGGUCAACGAUCGAGCUGACGCCCGAGCAUUUGUACGAUGAUUUUUCCACGAUGAACGAAGAUGUGGCGGCCAAAGCAUGCCACUCUUUCCGGCGUACUUAUGCUGCCCUGUGUGAUUACUAUGAUCAACCCUAUCGAGAAGAAGUGUCUUGGGCAAGUUUACUUGAUGUUGAGAAAAUAUAUGCAGUGAACAGGGUGCGUUGGUUGCGGAUUGACGAUUUCUCACAUUUAUUGCCAAAAGAUUUGAUUCCGAUCACGGGCGUUCUGCAGUAUUCGUCUUAUUUUACGGGUCUUGUUGCUGACGGGAUUCGAAUGACUUCGGAAGUAAUUGAUGUGAUAAUGGCUGUCAUUCGUAAAUCACGNCACUUGCAAGUGCUUCAGUUGAGGAACUGUGCCCUUCCACGGUAG